CCGAAAUCGAUCUUGUAGAUCUACUGUCUGCAGUCGGUGAAUCAAGUCUGUGGUACAGGAGAGCCGAGUGCCUUCGAAAUAUUUCAGGUGAUGGCGCAAGACACGGUAGAGCAGCAAUCGAGAAGUGAGUGGUAAUGGAUAUAUGAAGGUAUAGAUGUCUAAUAGUCCAAGCGAGAGUCAUUAUUUGUGAGAAUUCAUUCGUUGAAAUUUGAACGCAAUCAUCAGCGAGGACUACCUCUAUUUUCGAAACUGAAAUCAUUCUGCAGACAAACGUGCAGAGGAGUGAAAUGGCCAAGGAAACGGGAACAUCAAUAAAGUGUCCGGCUCUCAUCAAAGCAUGCAGAAUGAACUGUUUGGAAGAGGUCAACAAGUUGUUGGCGGCCGGCGCCAGUGCUAACUGUAUUGAUCAAAGCAGCAAAGGGAGGGUUUCGGCACUCAUGACAGCCAUCACCAGCAGGAACGUUGACAUGGUAAAAUCUUUACUGAAAGGUGGCGCUGAUGUAAACUUGAAGAGCAAAGGUCGUACGGCUCUCACAACGGCCAUCACCUCCGGAGGCUCGGCGGAGAUGUUUGAAAUCCUUUUAAAAAGCGGCGCAUCUUCAUUGGAAAGAUGGUUUCUUCCCUGUUCUUGCAAAAUGGGAUUCUUUGAUAUUGCCAGGUGUUUACUUGACAUCGGCGUCGACGUUGAUGUCUGCUACGAGACCACCACGCCCUUGAUUUUAACCGCUAAGAGUGGCCAUUUUGAAACUGCGCAGCGACUACUUGAGCGCUGCGAUGUCAGUUUCGAACGUCAGGGCGAGAGGGCCUUAAUAGAAACAUGCGCUGCAGGGAAUUUCAAUUCUGACAAUUAUAAAGAUAUUAUUAACAUUCUUCUGAGACAGAAUUUGGAUGUAAACUAUAUUAAUGAAAAGGGUAAAACGGCCAUUUAUGAAGCAGCAUUCAAUGGCCGAGGAGGCGAAAAAGUUGUGAGGCUAUUGUUGGACCAUGGCGCGCUUGUAGAAGUUGACACCCUGAUUGGCAUUUGCGACCCUGAUUUUGAACUUUAUUUGUCCUCGCCGCUACCUGGCGCUGUCAGACAUGGGAACAUCGACACAGUUCGAUUACUUCUCAAUCUCGGGGCAAAUGUGAAUCAGCUGUGGCACACGGACGUCGAUUGUUACUCAGUGAAAAUACGCCCAGGGACAACUGAAAUCAGUAUGCUGAUGCUAGCAAGCCGGUAUGGAUACCUGAACAUCGUAAAGGAAUUAUUGGACCGCGGUGGCGACGUCCACCUUAGAAAUAGCGCUGGGAACACAGCCCUCCAUGUUGCCGUGCACCCUGACUUUUGUACACUGGCAUCCAGGGCAUCCCAGCUGAUGAGAUGUCCCUGGGUCGCAUCAAAGGCGGAACCUGAAAUAAUUGCGGAACUUCUCCGAAACGGAAGUGACGCCACGGCGAAAAACCAAUAUGGCGAGACGCCAUUAGAUAUGUGCGUGCAACUGAUACUUCUCCGUGACACAAUUGGGAAUACCUUUGUGUCGGCUCUAUUAUAUUUAUUAAAAGCCAGCUCCACGCCUGUAAAUAGCCAGGAGGUUCUGUCGAAGUUGUGGGACAAUGCCAAAAAAGCAACAAUUCAAACGCAGUUUCAUAUUCUGAGAGAGACGAUCCGAGUUGUCGUCGCCGCCGGUUUGAAACCUACUCCACAGCUGACACAAGUGUCUGAUCAUGAGUCAUUGAGGUCGCCACUAGACCCCAGCCUCCAGCGGGAAGUUUUGGUCCUGCAAGAUUGGUUGAACCAUUAUAGUAAGAACGCCACACCACUGAGUCACCUGUGUCGCACCAGAGUCCGGGCCUCACUCAAUUUACCACUGAAGGAUGUUAAAAAUGAGAGCUUGGGACUCUCUGUCGCACUCCGCAGGUUCCUAAUCAUGGAUGACAUCGAUCUAUUUAUAAUAGGUCAUCCAGAACUGCAGCUUUUGCAGCAAAGUUGGUCAUCAGAGUUUUCGGAAAUGUCCACGGAAACAAAAAGUGGGAUUCAGUCUCCGGCUCUUGUCCAAGCAUGCAGAAAGGGGAAGCUUGAAGAAGUCGAUGCGUUGUUGGAGCUCAGCGCCGAUGUUAACUUUGUCGAUUCAAAAAGAAGAGGGGAGACGGCCCUUAUGAUUGCUGUCAAGAACGGAAACGUUGAUAUUGUAAGCUCUUUACUGAAAGGUGGCGCUGACGUGAACUUGGAGACCAAGCGUGGAACAGCUCUAAAAACGGCCGUCACUGUGGGCUCACCCGUGAUGUGUCGGAUCCUGCUGGAGCGUGGUGGGCCCUCUAAGUUGGAAGGAUGGUUUCUUUCGUAUUGUUGCAAAAAUGGUUUCCUCGAUGUUGCUCAAGUUUUAUUAGAAUUCGGUGUCAAUGGGGACAUUUGCAUUUCACAAAAUGAGAACACUACACCUCUGAUUGUAGCUGCGAGGAAUGGCAAUUUUGAGCUGGUGCGGCUACUUCUUGAGCGCUGUGACGUCAACUUUGAACGGCAAGGUGAGAGAGCCUUGAUAGCUACAUGCGCUGUUGGGAAUUUCCUAGAGGAUAGUAGAGAGGCCCAGCAGACUUAUAAACCCAUCCUUGAUCUUCUUCUGGGAAAGAAUUUGGAUGUGAACUAUAUCAAUGAAAAAAGUAAAACAGCCAUGAUUGAAGCGGCACUCAAUUCUAGAGGUGGCGAGAAUGUCGUGAAGACAUUGUUAGACCAUGGCGCACUUUUCACGGUUGACUCAUUGGUUGACGUUUGCGACUCUGAUGAUUUUGUUUAUAACUUGUGCUCACCGCUAGUUGAGGCUGUCAAACAUGGAGACAUUGAUAUGGUCCGAUUACUUCUCGACCUAGGGGCUAAUGUGAAUGAGAUCUGGCGCAAGGACGUCUGUCCAUACGCUUCGAAAUACAGGCUGGGAGGGACUGACAUCAGCAUGCUAAUGCUGGCAAGCCGGUACGCAUGCCCAAACAUCGCGAAGGAAUUAUUGGACCGCGGUGCAGAUGUCAAUCUCAGAAACAGCGCAGGCAACACGGCGCUUCACAUAGCCGUACACUCCGACUUUCGUACACUGGCAUCCAGGUUGAGCGCUCCCCGGACAAGGUAUUCUGUUAUGUCAAAGCCAAGACCGCGACCGGAAAUUAUACGAAAACUUCUUCAAAACGGAAGUAGCGUCGCAGCAAAGAACCAAAAUGGCGAGACCCCAUUAGAUAUUUGUAUGACAAUGAAUCUUGCAACGAGUCCUCAUUUUCCGAGAAUUUCGAAUGACAAUCUAUUGGCUCUUGUAUAUUUGCUAAAAGCCGACCAAAAAUGUGCAAUUGGACAAAAUUAUCUGUCGAAGAUGUGGGACACUACGAAAUCAAGUCAGAGCAUAAAUUUUGAUAUUCUGGAGGAGACCAUUCGAGUUGUCGUCGCUGCUGGUGUAAAACCAACUCUACAGCUGAUACAAGCGUCUGACCAUGAAUCAGAAGUGACUCUGGAGCGGAAGGUUAAAGUCCUGCAAGAAUGGCUGAAUCAUUGCAGUAAGAACGCCAGCCCUUUGAGAGAUCUGUGUCGCAUUAAAGUGCGGGCCUUCCUCAGGUCACCUCUCACGGAUGUUCAAAACGAGAGCUUAGGGCUCCCAGACUUACUCCGCAGGUUCCUAAUCAUGGAUGACCUUGAACUCUUUGUCCCAGGUCACCCAGAACUUCAGCUUUUAAAUCGGGUGAGUGGAGAGUCCAACUAACGACCUAGGUCCAGAUACUAGCGAGAGCGAGAAUGAAAUUACACCAUCGCCAUCUUCAUAGCUUCGAUAGAGCGAAGGCGGUAGCCGACGUUUUGUAUGAAAGGACAGCUUCACCCAAGCGACGUGUGGUGAAACGACCAAUACAGACAGUGAGGUAUCAAUUUCUAUUAUUUCCGCACCCCUCAAACUAAACACUGAUAUGAGAUUUGGCGGCUUGAUAUUCUGACCAACCCAACCGGUUAUGGUUGCUGAACCAAUUUGGAUAAAGUGAAAAUUUUGAGGUGUGAUCGAGGAAGGGGAUUUAUCAACUCUAUAAAACAAUCAAUGUAAAGUAAGAGGACUGGUUUAUUUGAAAAGGUUUGUUUUGUACAUGUAUGCAAAAAUCGAGCUCAAGAGAUGAAAAAUCGACUUUGUAUUGGAUUAUUCCCACGUGGUUUCGACGUAACGGGACUGCGUCAUAUCCACAAAGUGCCUCUGUAUAUUUUUACGCACAGAAUUUCUUUCAUUGUAGAUUUUAACUUUUUCUUCUUGAAACUUAGUCAUGAAAUUUUCACAGGCGAAUAAAUGAGAAAUAUGCUAUAUGACGGCAGAAAAACUAUUCGUGUCUCUACAAAUUACAUUUCUCAGAAAAUCAUUUUUUUGUAUUUGAUGAUAACAUUGCUUUCCAUCAGCACUGAUCGUCGGUUCGCCUGAAAAAAUGAAACGUGACCAUGAUCCUUGCACGUUAUUUGUCCAAGAACAUCAGCCUACCCCUAGAAUAGGUAGAAGUCUAAUGGUUCACGAGGUUACUGGUGUAGUCACUUUUACCAUGGGCAAAUGGGUUGGACAAUGAUAUGCUGAGAGCACAGGCACAACGAAUGAUGAAACUACACAUAUCACAUCCAACGUCAUCCAAAAAGUACAAUAAAGUGGAAAAAUCCUAAUAUCACAAUAAUUGAUGACGUUACAGUGUUUGUGGUGGCGCCUGCCCUAUAUGGGAAUGUCCCACGUGAUGUGCAUCGUCUGCAAAUCGGUGGUUGUUUUCUCAUUAGUACUCCUUCCAAGACGUUGGCAAGAACCAUGCUACACUCGGAGAAAGUCUUGUAGAUGCAUUUCACUUUGGCCCGGUAUUCUCUAGAAAGUUAAAAAAGACGCUCUGCAGAAUGUGAUAAGGACCAUACCUAAAGUGUGCGUUACUGACGCAACCGGGCCAGGGCCGUCGCAAUAAUCGGGUGAAAACAAUCCUUAUCUCUUUCUGAUCGGUGCAGACCGCCCGUUACUUUGCAAAGACGUGUUCACACAGGUUUGGGUAGCCAAAUGUAGCAUGCAGUCAUAAUUCAGAUAUUACGGAACGCAAAAUGGAAUCGGCCAAUCAAAAGUGCCGAGUUCUGCAUCCCCUGUGUAGUCAAAGAAUUGAACCAAUCAGGAGCCGGUCAUUUUACUUACUUGCAGAGGUAUGUUUUUAAAUCAUCCUUCUGAUGAUGGCGGAUGGUUUUUAACUCGGCUUUUGUUUGUGUUGUUACACAGUUAUUAUAUUCAUCUAGCUUGGAAAACAGG